AUGUUACAAUUUUAUCGCUUGCCCAUCGUCCUCCUUCUCCUCGACCAUUCCACGGCCAACCCUCUUCUCAUCCCGGCGACCUACUCCUCCACAGUCCUCCCGCUCCCAAACACCACCACCAUCACUAAUGUCGCAACGCCCCUCUCCGCCUUUCAACGCUCCAUAGCUGCCGGCCUCAAAAUCGGGCGCGACUACUCUCCCGAAACCGCCCGUUUAAUCCAAAUAUCAGGCGUCACGCGAGCCCCGCACAACCCUUCCGCAAAUCCCGCCGACUUCCAACAGCUUUCCCUUUUCAUGUACGCCGAUGACAACGUACACACGCUCAAAUACCUUGUGCGCUGCUCUGACUGGGAGCACUGGAACCCGCACGUCGAACACUCUCGAUCUCAUUGGUCGCAACUCCCCGACAUCGACUGGGAGCACGUCGAGCUGAGCCUGGAAGCGGCGGAUCAGUUGGUGAAGAGUGCGGGAUACACGGCGCCCUGGCUCAUGGGACCUUAUGAAGAGAUUUUUGUCAUCAGGAGGGAGGUUCCAGAACAAGGGAAACCACCAUACGAGCAGGUGUAUUAUGGAUUCAAGUUCUUGAGAAGUGAAUUGGAGCCAGGGGAGAGGGGCGUUGCGUUCGUGGGGGAUGACGAUCACACGGUGCAUUAUGUGCCAUUUACUGGGGUGGAUGGAAGUGAGGAUAUGUGGUUUCAGGGCUUAACGGGGCAGAUGGGGGGAGGAGGGACGAAUUUAACGGAGCUCACGGGGGUUGGUGCUGGAGUUGCCAAUCUGACGGGCGUGGAGACAUUUUGA